AUGGCGACGAUAACGGAACAAACGUCGCUGGCGGACGCCAACCAGAGACCGAAAUCCACAUCAUGGCUCGCCAAGAUACACCCGUACUUCCACGACGCAGAACACGUGCUGGUCCUGAAGCUCGACAUCCUCCUCCUCAGCUGGGCCUUCGUCGCCGGCCUCAUGAAGGACAUGGACCAGUCGGCCACGACGGCGGCCUACGUCUCGGGGAUGCAGGAGGCGCUCUCCCUGUACGGGAACGAGCUCGUCGAGUUCACGACCUACUUCUCCAUCGGCUACGCCCUCUUCAUCGUGCCCUCGCAGCUGGUCCAGACCCGCGUCCGGCCCUCGCUCUGGCUGCCCUUCUGCGAAGUCGUCUGGGGCGCCAUCACCCUCGCGACCUUCGCCGCGCGCAACGCGCGGACCGUCUUCGUCCUCCGCUUCUUCCUCGGCGUCUUCGAGGCGACCUCCUGGCCGGGCAUCGUCAACCUCAUCUUCAACUGGUACACGCCCUCCGAGCUCGGCAAGCGCCUCGCCAUCUUCGGCGUCAGCGGCGUCGCCGGCAGCAUGUUCCUCGGCAUCCUCCAGGCCGCGCUGUACAAGAACCUCAACGGCGCCCACGGCAUCGAGGGUUGGCAGUGGCUGUUCGUCGUCUCGGGAAUCAUGACCAUCGUCUGGGGCCUCUACGGCUUCCUCGUCAUCCCGGACGCGCCGACGACCACGAGGGCUCUCUGGCUCACAAAGGAGGAGCGCGUGAUCGCGGCCUCGCGGAUGGCCAAGUCGGGAACCACGACGCAGGAAGUCAUCAAGGGCAGGGCCCUCUGGGACAAGAUCAAGAAGCUCUUCACCUCGCCCGUGACCUACCUCUUCCUGGCGGCAUACCUCCAGUUCGCCUGGUCCCAGCGCGCAAACUCGUAUUUCCUGCUGUACCUCAAAGGCCUCAAGGGCGCCGACGGGAAGGCGCUUUACUCGGUGUACACCGUCAACCUGAUCCCGCUGGGCGGCUACGCCAUCUCCAUCGUGGCCAACAUCUCCCUCAACGCGCUAUCGGAUUGGAAGAACUGGCGCUGGCAGGUCGCCGUGGGCGCGGCGCUCCUCCAGGUCGUCGCGACAUCGGUGCUCGCAGCCUGGCCGAACGGCCGCGGGACCAUCAUGACGUUCUACUUUCUCACCUUCGCGACCGCGGCAUGGGGCUACGCUUUGCUGGCGUGGCUGGCCAUCAUUCUGCGCAAGGAACCCGAGGCGCGCUCCGUCAUCGUCGGUCUCGCGGUCACGCUGGUAUACGUGGGCCACGCCACCAUCCCCCUGCGCGCCUGGCGCACGGCCGACUCGCCGCGGUACCCCAUCGGUUUCCCCCUCGCAGCGGCGUUCAGCGUGGGUAGCAUCGCGGCGAUAAUGGGGAUGUACUGGUACGUCAAGAGGUACCCGGACAUUCUCGACUUCGGCCUCAACUGGAAGGCGUUGAAGGGGGCCGGGGAGAGCGUCGCGAGCCUAGACAAGGUUGAAGUGGACGGUUCCGACGACGACGAGAGACGGAAGGAGACUGUGAGGGAGAGCACCAAGAGCGUGUCUUCGUAG